AAGCAUAGCCAAGCAGCAUCUGCAGAAAUGUGCUGCAGCAAAACACUCAUCAUUGCUGCAGCACCAACUUUAGGCUUUUGCCACACGAUACACACGAUGCGCUCGAGCACUUGAAGGAUUUCCCUGAUCACACAUCAUCAUGCACUUUUGGAUUUCAACGUUAAUUUGAACAGUCUGAUUGUAAAAAUGAUGAGCGACUCCCUCCAGACUGCGCACUGCUGUGGCGCACCCUUUCCUGCACCCUUGGCUUUUGGCUGAGAUUCAAAGCUGGGGAGUUGACAGAAGGUAAUCCCCACCAUGUGAGGCCUCGGCCCCGGUUUGGAGGCGGGGUGUGAUUCAUUCAAAUCUGCCGGUGCUAUAAAAAGAAGGGAAGUUGCAAGUAACCCAACUUCAACCCACAAGACCGUGGCACAGCGCAAGACCAUUCGGGUUGUUAUUCUAGUGAUAAUGAAUACCAUUAAAGCCAUUAAAAAUGCAAUAGUCUGUCUCGUCCUGCUGCCUCGUUUUCUGAUGGCAGCAGUCAUGUUUUGGCUGCUUGACUUCAUUUGCAUCAGGAAAAAGGUGUUCUUCAGGAUGAAGGAGCAGGAGGGCGAUGCCAUCGAUCCUCCUCUCUGCAUAUCGGACUCCAAUCGCCUCUUCAGCCUGGAGUCGCUCAAAGCAGUGUGGCACGGUCACAAACUGGACUUUCUGAAAGCGGCGCACCUCGGACACGGAGCGCCCAACACCGAAGUUGUUCAGCUGGAGGAUCAGCGGCGCAGCCGGAUCCUCGAUUACGCAAAGGACAAGAGACCGCUCAUCCUCAACUUUGGCAGCUGCACCUGACCACCGUUCAUGGUGCGCCUCAAGGCUUUCCAGGGAGUUGUGCAGCAAAACGCGGACAUAGCAGACUCUGUAGUUGUGUACAUAGAGGAAGCGCACCCCUCCGACGGCUGGAUGAGCACUGACGCGCCCUAUCAGAUCCCCAAGCACCGGUGUCUGGAGGACAGGCUGAACGCUGCGCAGCUGAUGCACCUGGAGGUGCCCGGAUGCCUGGUAGUCGUCGACAGCAUGGAAAACUCCUCCAACGCUGCGUACGGAGCUUAUUUCGACAGACUUUAUAUACUGCAGGAGGGAAAGAUAGUUUACCAGGGUGGCAGAGGACCUGAGGGGUAUCGGAUCUCAGAGCUCAGAGAGUGGCUGGAUCAAUACAGAAGAAGGCUGGAGAAAUCCAAUAAUCUAGUUAUUCACGUGUAGAUUAAUUUUCAUCUUUCUAGAGCUGCUGUGACUAAAAACAAAAACAAACAAUGCUGCACAUUUUUUUCAGUAUUAUAACUCCAGUUAGACAGAUUCUCUCCCUCUUUAAUGGUUAAGUGUAUUUAUUUUUCAUAUGGUUGGAUCAAAGUAAUUUGUCCAACAUUGUAGGAUGUACUACAGUAGGCUCCUUCAUUUCAUAUUGGACAUUAGCCUGCAUCCUGUUAGGAUCCACUCACAAGAAAAGAGGUUAGUUUCUUUGGACCCUGAUUGUUUGUGAACAAAAGUAUUUUGUGUGUCAAAAGUUCUGUUUUUAUCUCUUCUCCUUGUGUAAACGCGCCUUUCCUGAAUCCGCCAGGAUGCUGAGAAAUGCGCAUCACUGUGCUCCUCAGUGUUGUUGUGAAGUUCGGUUUUUAAACGGGAUGAAUCCAGAGAACCGACACUGAUGUUUUUAACACUGGAGAUCACAGUGAAGGUGCUGCUCUCUGCCCUGCAUGGCGCAGCUGUUUUGUAAAUAUUGCUCCGUUUUAUGGAUAUAUUUUUCAUACAAUAAAAUGCUUUGAUCUA